AUGAACAGACAGAGACAGAUUGAAAACAUUGAAAACGAGCUGGUUAAGAACAAGUCCUGGUUUGAGAAGGGAGAAGUGUCGGUAAAGGAAAGACCAAAAAACUCUCUGCUUUUUGACGACGACUGCGAUUCAGAUGAGUUUGCGAGAAACAUUGAGUUCAUUAGAAACAAAACAACGUUGAAAAUAGAAAAUACAGUCGAUGUGGUCAUAGAGAGAAUAGUAAAAGAAAAAAUAAAAAACAAGCAGUACGACAAUCCGAGAAAGACACAGAACAAAACAGAAGACAAAAUAGCCACAGAGGAGAUGAAAAAGGAAGAAAAAACAGUGGUGCACGACAUUCUGGAGGGACGCAGAAGCGAGAACGACAAGUUCAUGGAGCCAAGCGAAAUAAUAAGACUGUUCAAUGAAAUUGAUGCAGCCCUAGUAGAAAUAACAGACAAAUCGUACACAGUCAGCAGGCCUAUGCAAACAACAAAAUAA